GGGGCAAACCCUGCCGCUGCCGCCGCAAAGUGACGUGGGGUGGGUACCGGGAGAAGAAUCGGCGCCAUCCUUCCAAGUUAUAUUGUGUUGAACCCGCCCCGACGCCACGUAUGCAGAACCAAGGCGUCAAUAAAGGCAACCGAACCCCCAGGCUCUCCCAACGGCUCUCGCUCGGAGCUGUCCUCGUCCUAACCCUGGCUGUCCUGUUCACCAAAGCACUGCCCCGCCUGUCUCUCCUUUCCCACCAGCUCCGGCCACGGUUCUCCCAAGCAGCCACCGGCGCCAUGUCCUCCGCAUACGAGAAGGAGCUCGAGGUGGCGCAGCUAGCGGUCCAGCGCGCCGCAAUCCUGACCAAGCGCGUCUUUAACGAGAAGGCCAAGGGCACCGUGUCCAAGGUCGACAAGUCCCCCGUCACCAUCGGCGACUUCGGCGCCCAGGCCCUCAUCAUCAGCGCCCUGCAGGCCAACUUCCCUGCCGACGAGAUCGUGGCUGAGGAGGAGGCCGACUGGCUGCGCUCCGACGAGGCGCUCAAGCAGACCAUCUGGGACCUGGUCAGCACCACGAGCCUCGAGGACGCCGCGGCGGAGCGGCUCCUCGGCGGGGCCAUCAAGGACGCCGCGGCGAUGCUGGACGUCAUCGACCUGGGCAAGAGCAAGGGCGGCGCCAAGGGCAGGAUAUGGACCAUCGACCCCAUCGACGGCACCAAGGGCUUCCUCCGCGGCGGCCAGUACGCCGUCUGCCUGGGCCUCAUGGUCGACGGCGACGUCAAGGUCGGCGUGCUGGGCUGCCCGAACUUGCCCGUCGACGACGCCGCCCCGCUCACGGCCGACGUCGGCGCCUCGGGCCGCGGCGUCCUCUUCUCGGCCGUCCAGGGCCGCGGCGCCACCAGCCGGCCACUGACCGCCGGCGCCCUGGCCGCCCCCGCCAAGCCCAUCUCGAUGCGGCCGCUGGCCGCCGACGGCCUCGCGGGCGCCGCCUUUUGCGAGAGCGUCGAGGCAGGCCACUCGUCGCAUAGCGAGGCGGCGCAGAUCGCGCAAAAGCUGGGCAUCACGGGCGAGUCGGUGCGCAUGGACUCGCAGGCAAAGUACGGCUCCAUCGCCCGCGGCGCCGGCGACAUCUACCUCCGCCUCCCCACGUCGGCCACGUACCAGGAGAAGAUCUGGGACCACGCGGCCGGCGACCUGAUCGUGCGCGAGGCCGGCGGCCAGGUCACCGACACCCUGGGCAGGCGGCUGGACUUCUGCAAGGGGAGGACCCUGGCCGAGAACAAGGGAGUCGUUGCAGCGCCCGCAGCUGUGCAUGACCAGGUACUCAAGGCCGUGACCGAGGUGCUGUACGGCAAGAAGACCGGCGACGUCAUAUGAAUGGUUCCGACGUUACAGGAAAUUGCUAUACUAUAGCACGCCCACCUCAAAAAAAAACCGGCAAUUCCAUUAAGGGAUGUGAACAGGAAGAGGUCCUGAACGAAAGAUGAAAUAGAAAGAAAAUAUAAAUAAAAGUACGAAUAAAAACGGGAAUAGGACUAAGAAUGAUUACAGGAAAAAGAUAUAAGAACAGGACAGCUUACGGCACUAGUAAUUUUACUUGAUCCUCGGACCUAGUGUGUAACAUUGCCGUUUUUUUUAUGGUGGGCGUGUGUAGUCACAAGAGAUUCAGGCCCGGGCCAUUCCAUCUCCUUGCCGGAAAACACAAGCAUGUAGACAUAUAUAACAAUGCACUCCUGGCAUAGCUCGUGCUUGGCGCAGCAUGCACAUGAUGAUUAUACAAAGAGCAACCAUAUGCUCCAUAGAUGGCGUCCGAAUGGACGAAAAGGGACCCUGAUGCCCACGUCCUGUUUAUUUUACCUUUUUCUGCUU